AUGCUUCCCUCGAGUAGUGUGAUGGCCCUGCCAGCCUUUUCGAGAGAAGAACAAUCCCAAACGUCGCAGCCGGAGAACUCUACUCCUGCUUCCACUACCUCUAAAUCCAGAAAGAGAAAGAGUGAAGAUCCAGUCUCACCACAAACUCCCGCAAAAGCAAAUUUGCACAAUCCUUCAGGACAUGCGGUCGUAUUUUCCGAUUUGAAGCUUGAUGAUACGACAGCGAUCGAUCAUCUUGCACGAUCUGGAAAGUAUUCUAAAAUGCAUGUGGUAGGCACGGGUAUCAGCGAUCAUGAAGGUGCACACAGUCAUUUGCAAGACUUUAUGAAACAAAGAGGAAUCGAUCGAGGAAGAACAAGGAUUCGUUAUUAUAGCGGAGGCAAAAAUGUUCUCGACAAUAAAGUUGAAGAUACCCAUGAAAAAAAUUUUCAAGGUACACCUAAGCCGGUCAGGUACGAUGCGGACACUCACUUAGCUCAGAGGCUCGGAAAAGGCACCAAGGUAGACGUUUAUCAUAUUGCUCCCUCACAAGAACAUCAUAUGAAUAAGUUGGCAGAUAACAAAGACAUUAAAUUGCGUACUGUUCAUCACCUUAGUGGGUAUAAUUCAAACUUACACUCGGGUACGAAUAGAGAACCUGAAUUGAAGCACUGGGGUAGCUUGAACUCGCGUAUUAAGGCCAAUCAUCCUAAGGCUGAUCUUCUGUUAUCGGCUACACCGGUGACUUUCAACGAUCAAGGAGGCUCAACGCAGCCAUACAAAAAGUUGAAGAAUGUAUAUCCAGCCAAUCACCUUGAAGCUGCCAAAAAAGAUCCAUUUCAUCAGAGAUCUCUAGAAAAAGCCGAAAAUUAUCUCGGUCCGCAUAGACAAGGUGGCAAUAUUCCUCAUUUGCAUCCAGGUGCUCAUGAUAGUCAGCAUGCUGGUAAGCCAUUACAGCAUUUGAUCAAUCAAGCUCGAUUUGAUGAAGCUCAACAGCCAAAAGACAAGCGACCAUUACGUGAUCAUUUCAACAAGUAUCUUGAUCAUGCACUACCAAUUGUCAAAUCAGAAGCACAUCAAAAGCACCCAAAGUUGGCGUACAGGCUAGCAAAUGGCGUUCGAGAAGCAUUCACUAAAUCUCCUAGACUUGAAGUAUGUGAUGGUGUUCAUAUUGCAUGUGUGAAUGCAGUUCAAAAACGUAAAGAUCAUUCUGCCGUUGUUUCAGGAACGUUUUAUCGUGAUACGGCAAACGAAGGUCCAAAUGCACAAUUGAAACUAAAACCUUCUCAACCUGGCGAUCCUCAUCAUGGUCAUUUGAUCAUUAAUCAAACGGGCAAGAAAGCUGGAAAUUUGUUGGUGAAUGCAGCAAAGAAAGAAGUGAAGCCGCCGCAGAAGAAGACCAGUAGAUUGUAA